GCUACACGCAGUACACAUACCAGCUUAGAGCUCAGAGCAUUCCAUUUUGUUUACAUUCCAUUCCGUCGCAGUGGCCGUGCGUACACCCAGGGUAUUAUCUUCAAUUCUGUGUACGUGAUCGCUUUUUACCGUUUUCAAUUCCGUCCGUUCGAUUUCAAUCCGCCGUUAUUUGUUAUUCGUUUUCUGUUUUUUUUUUCGUCGUUCGCGAUCAUCGUUUUUACACUUACACACACACGUACGUACCUAACCCGAGUACACGGCCGAAUCGAAAUCGCGUCUGCAUGUUUUAUUUAACGGCAAACACCAUAGUGGUCAUCGCAGCAUCCAGCCAGCCAGCCGUCCGUGUGAGUAAUGUUCUCAAAGAAAAAGAAAAAACCUCAAAUAUCUUCACCUACAAAUUUUGAACACAGAGUGCAUACUGGCUUUGAUAAACGUGAAGGUAAAUUUAUAGGUUUGCCUCUACAAUGGGCAAGCAUAGUUGGUAACAAUCAAAUACUGAAGAGCACCAAUAGACCAUUACCUCUGGUGGAUCCAUCAGAAAUCACUCCUACAGAAAUAUUGGAUUUAAAAACAAUUGUGCGUGGUGAAAAUAAUCCAAAAAUCAACAAUAACCCUGUUAACAUUCGAAAUAAUGAAACAGCUGGACUUCCUAAAACAUCUAAUGUUGCACGUUCAAACUCGUUGCGUUCCUCAAGUCCACCACGAAUUCGGAGGCAACAUCCAAAUGUACCUCCGCCAUUGCCAGAAAAUGAAGUGUUAGUAAUGAACCAGAGUUUAGUACCACAACAUUUACCACAAUAUCCAACACCUAACAAUACUCAAACAAAACUUGAUUACAGCAAUAAAUUUAUAAAACCAGGAGGUUCUGAAUGGUCUGCUCAAGAAACGCCAGUAUUACGAAUAAAUCAGAACAAUACUCCUACAGGCCAAACAAUAAUAUCCGAUCAAGGUGGAUCACAUUCAUAUCAUUCUGCGCAAAAUGGAAAUAUCCCACCAAUAUUUUCUAAUGGCUCAGCAGUGGACUCACCAUCCGGAAGUCAAACAUCACAAGCCAAUACUCCCGUGCCACCAAAUCGUACCCAUCCUGUUAUUAACAAUGCCCAGAUUGUUAGUACAAACAAGGGCAUUGCUCAAAGUCAUACUCGAAAUCAAGAUCAGAACCAAAAUAUUAAACCAACCACAAAUGGAAUAUCAACAGCUAGUACAAUGUCAAUUCCUAGUAUAGCUACAAAACAACAUCAUGAGCAACAACGCAUUACACAUGAACAAUUCAGGGCUGCCCUUCAACUUGUUGUUAGUCCAGGAGAUCCUCGCGAAAAUUUGGAUAGUUUCAAAAAAAUUGGUGAAGGGUCAACGGGUACUGUUUGCAUAGCUACAGAUCGAAUGACCAGUCGUAAAGUGGCUGUAAAAAAAAUGGAUUUAAGGAAGCAACAACGUAGAGAAUUGUUGUUCAAUGAAGUUGUCAUAAUGCGAGAUUAUCACCAUGCAAACAUUGUUGAUAUGUAUGACAGUUUUUUGGUUGGCGACGAAUUAUGGGUUGUAAUGGAAUACUUAGAAGGUGGAGCACUUACUGAUAUGGUAACACACACUAGAAUGGAUGAAGAGCAGAUUGCUACUGUUUGCAAGCAGUGUUUAAAAGCAUUGGCAUAUUUGCAUUCACAGGGGGUAAUACAUAGAGAUAUAAAAAGUGAUUCCAUACUUUUGACUACUGACGGAAGAGUGAAAAUUUCCGAUUUUGGUUUUUGUGCUCAAGUAUCUCAAGAGUUGCCUAAGAGAAAAUCAUUAGUUGGAACACCCUAUUGGAUGUCUCCUGAAGUGAUUUCACGUUUGCCAUAUGGGCCAGAAGUUGAUAUAUGGUCAUUAGGUAUUAUGGUCAUUGAAAUGGUUGAUGGUGAACCACCUUUCUUUAAUGAACCACCUCUUCAAGCUAUGAGAAGAAUACGUGACAUGCCUCCACCAAAACUUAAAAAUUCCAAUAAAAUAUCACCCAGACUACAGGGCUUUUUAGAAAGGUUAUUAGUCAGGGAUCCAGCACAAAGAGCAACUGCGGCUGAACUUCUACAGCAUCCGUUCUUAAGAUUAGCUGGUCCUCCUUCGCUGCUAGUGCCAUUAAUACGAGGGUCCAGGCAUAGCAACUGUUAAAAGGUAAACGACUCAUUGUUCGUUUGUGCAAUUUUUGUUAUUUAUUAUUACAUUACUUUUUUAAUUAUAUAACAAUUUUUUUUUUUUUACCAAAAUUGUGUAUUAUUGAAGUUACUUGUUAAACGUAACUUACAUUUAAAAUUAAAUGCAAUUGAUUAUUGUAUUUUUUAUGAUUGUAAUUGUAUGUGGUAUUAUGUAAUAAUUUUAGACAUCGAAAAUCUUUUCACUUUUUUUGUCACAAGCUCAAUAUGACAUACUUAAUGUUGAAUAAUUAGUGCCUUAAAUGUAAUUUCUGAAUACAGAGAUUCAUCAAUUCCAUUCUCCAUUAUUGUAUAUGAAGAGAAAACCAAAGAUGGAGUAAAAAUAGGGUCUACCUUAAUUUUGUAAAGUGUACUUAAACUUGUAACCAGGUGCCUUGUACAUCGGGUAAUAUAUUUUUUUAAAUUUUUUUUUGGUAUAAAUAAUAUUUUUUGUACAUGUAACUAAUCUAGUUUAUUUAUAUAAAUAUUCAAUCUUUAUUGAACCAUUACCAUGCUUGUGUUUUUACAGUAUGAGUAUCAAAUUAAUAAUGUUGAAAUUUAUACGGAUCAUUAAACUUCUGAUUUCACGGUUAUUAACAUGAGUAUUAUAAAAGUAACCGCACCUUUGUGUGUCAUGCACUUUUAUUGUUAACAUAACUAUUAGAUUAUUCAUUGGUCAUAAAUACCGUAUAUAAUAUAGUAUUUUAAGUUUAUUGUAAGGCUGUUUAAUAAUUAAGAUGAGAAAUUUAUCGAACUUAAGUAAACAUACACACGGUACAAUGUAAUGCUUUAACAUUCCAAUUAUUGUUUUUAAUUAUUUGUUAAUUAAUUGUUUAUUAUUGACAUCAGUAUUUAAAAUGAUUGAAUUCAAAUUUUUACCUUCUAGUCAGUAAUUGAUUUAACCAAUCUUGAAAUUUUGUUGGUAUUAUCUAUUUGACAUUAUAAUUUUAUUGUUUUCUUAUGAAUUUAUAGUGUAAACAAUAUUCACUAUCUAAACACAACCUGUUAGAUCUCUGUGUGUACUGAUCCUUUUUUACUGCUCCAAUACAAACUAUUGUACUUCAUAAUUAUAUACCUGUAAUGUAAGGUUUUUUUUUUUUUACUUAUUAUUAAUGACAAAUUGUAUUAUUUUUUUUUUUGUUUUUUUCACUUGUUCAAUAUACAAUUAACACAAAUUAAUUACUAAUGUACACUUAUGUAAUUUAUUAUACUAUGUGAUAUUCAUUUUUAUUGAAAUACAGUUCAUAUCGCUUCAACCACCAUA